CCAGCGUGAGCCUGACCCAUAAACUCCAAAAAAUCGACACCGCCUCGGCCUCGCCUUCGACCUUCUCCAUCUCGUUUCUGGCCGGCCGUUUUGGACCUCCUUCUCAAAUCCAUAUUUGGAAAUAUAAAGUGAAUAAAAAAAUUAAAUAUUUAACAUAAAAAUACCAAUUUAUCUCUAUACGAUUUGAAUUUUCUCGCCUCAGUAAAAUUCCCCUACACUUUUCCCAGUCCUUUCAAUUCUCGCCGUGAAAUCCAGUCUCCGUUGGUCAUCAUCCAUGGCGCCGACGGAAGAGGUAGCGUCGGCGGUGAGCGCCUACGCUGUCACACAGGCCUCUAAUUGGUGGGAAGAGGUUAAUAGGUCCAUCGUUUGGCAGGAUCGCAUCUUUCAUGUCCUCGCCGCUCUCUAUGGAAUCGUCGCUGCCGUCGCUCUGGUUCAACUGGUUCGGAUACAAUUGAGAGUCCCAGAGUAUGGUUGGACCACGCAGAAGGUGUUCCACUUUCUCAAUUUCCUGGUGAAUGGGGUUAGAUCACUAGUUUUUGUGUUCCGCAGAAAUGUGCAGCGCCUGCAUCCAGAGAUUAUCCAACAUAUCUUACUUGAUAUGCCAAGUCUUGCUUUCUUCACGACCUAUGCUCUUUUGGUAUUGUUCUGGGCAGAAAUAUACUAUCAGGCACGUGCUGUAUCUACUGAUGGACUGAGACCAAGUUUCUACACAAUUAAUGCAGUGGUUUAUGCCAUUCAGAUUGCUAUGUGGUUUGUUUUAUGGUGGAAACCUAUCCCAAUCGUGUUCAUCCUAUCUAAGAUGUUCUUUGCAGGUGUGUCUUUGUUUGCAGCCCUUGGGUUUCUUCUUUAUGGAGGAAGGCUCUUCUUAAUGCUACAGCGCUUUCCUGUAGAGUCAAAAGGAAGACGUAAGAAGCUGCAAGAGGUUGGCUACGUCACCACCAUAUGUUUCUCAUGUUUCCUUGUUAGAUGCAUUAUGAUGUGCUUUAAUGCGUUUGAUCAAGCUGCAAACCUUGAUGUUUUGGAUCACCCAAUUCUAAACUUUAUAUAUUACCUGUUGGUGGAGAUACUGCCUUCAUCUCUGGUCCUUUUCAUUUUGAGGAAGUUGCCUCCAAAGCGUGGUAUCACACAAUAUCAUCCUAUUCGCUAAGAGUAUUGGGUUAAUAUUUGGCAGAAACGAACUUCCUGAGCAAGGGAGUAUUGGUGGAUGGGAUUGCCAUUUUUAGAUGCAGUUAACCAACCUCUAAAACGAAUGACAAGGUGGGAGAUAGCUAAAAUUGUUUAUUCUACAUAUGGAGUGAUGAGCCUAUCCCAUAGUUUAUGAAAUUUCAGUUUGUUCUCAGUAGGAGGUUUAUAUCUAUUGGAAAAAAAAAGUGGCCUUCUAUGGAUUGUGAAGAGUAUGUUGUGACAUUAGUGAGAGAUCAUCUUUGCUUUGGAUCUUAUAUUGAUGCUUUUCUUUCUGUGAAAUGUCAUUACAAAGCACUUGUGAGUGAUCA